AAUCGCAGCGAGCACAGACUCGAGCACUCAUGUCAGGUAUAUCCCUGCGUGCGCCGCUGCGCGCGUUGCAGCGCGCUCCCGUGGCGCAUGCGCAACAGCCACUGUGCGCUUGCCGUCCGGCCUCAGCUGCCGUGGCAGCGGCAUCAGCAGCUUCAGGCGCACACCAUCCUGCGCGUCGUGCGGUGCACGCCACACGCGCAACCCACCUGCCGGAGCAAGCCAAACCCGCAAAGCCCGCGAUUCAGGCAAUCGCCGCGUUGCGCCAGCGUGUGCCCGGCACAUCGCUGCUGAAAGCGCGCGAGGCGCUGCUCGCCUCGCGCGCCGCCUCUGCUCCGCACACGGACGACGUCGACGCCGCUGUGCGUUGGCUCGACACUGACCGCCAGGCACAGGGCGCCGCGCGGGCUGCCAAGGUCGCCGCGCGCCGCGCCGCCGAGGGCGUCAUCGCCGUGUGCGUCCGCACUGACGGCCUGCCGGCUCGCCUCGCCACCACACACGCCGCAGAGCCGCAGCUGUGCGUCGAGCUCAAGCCCGAAGCGAAGCGCGCCGGAUUCUCACUCGACUCACCCCCGCAAGCGGCCAUUAUCGAGCUCAACUGCGAGACGGAUUUUGUAGCGCGCAACCCGCUCUUCCAAGAGCUUGCGCGUGACAUUGCCCACACCACUGCCCUGUUCCCCGCACUGUCCGGCAGCAUCGACGCGAGCAGCAGCAGCAGCAGCGCCAUCGCGCGACCCGUGCAGGACAUUGACCUGGCACAGCUACUCACAUUUCCGCUACUCAGCAGCUCGCCGAGCGCCGAGUCGGCGCCUGUGCUUGCGAAGCCGAAGCUGAUCUCCGAGGCGAUCAUCGACGCCAUUUCGCGCCUUGGCGAGAAAAUCACUCUCAGCCGCGCCGCUGCGCUCUCGCCGCCGUGCGCGGCGCAUGAGGGCGGCGGCGGCAUGAUGCUCGCCAGCUCCUUCGCUCACGGCGUGCUUCCCGCCGCUGCGCCGAGCUCUUGCGCGUCGUCCACGGCACCCGCGGCCCCUUUGCCCGCACAGACCGCCCAGGGGUACAGCCUGACGAUGGGUAGAGUCGGCUCCCUGCUGCUGACGCACUUCCCGCAGCGCGCGUCCAACGGUAACGGGGGCGGCUCCUCAAGCACCAACGCGAAUGUCGACAAUGCACAGUUGGCCAAGAUGGUGCGCGCAUUGGUACGCUCCCUCGCUCGUCAGACUGCCGGCAUGCAGACGUCUUCGAUCGGCUCAGUGGAGGCGGGAGCGGCACAGGCAGACGAAAGCAGCACAGCGCUGCUGGACCAGCCGUUCAUGAUGCUCCUCCCAUCUGCCCUCCCUCCCGUUGAAGCAGCAGCAGCAAGCGCGCUGCCCGCGGCGCUUGACUCAUCUCAAUCCGUGCGCUCCGUCCUGGUCGCGUGGUCGCAGAAAGUCCUCAGCGGGCAGCCAGCCAUAGAGGUGCUAGGUAUGCAGCGCUGGGAAGUCGGCGAGACGCUCGAGCCGAGACAGCAAGGCGAUGGCGCACUCGACUUUGCGGCCGAGGUCAGGAAGGCUGCUGGGUUGGCAUAAGGGCCAUUGCUCGGUUCUUCAUGGCAGGCGUCUAUCGUCAGAUGCGACGCGCUCAUCGAGAGCGAGUAUCCUGCCGACCAGAGCAUAGCGAGUUGAUUUAUGUGUAUCGUCUCUCUGCUACAAUCCGAUAUAGGACU